CUUCUUCAAUCCCACUAUCCCAGUAGCACACCUGCGCAGCAGCCCUCACUCACUUCACUCACUCUAUAAUUCUGUGUGUGCGUGUGUUCGCCAUAUUUGUUUAACUUCCCACAGAAAAAACACACACAUAACCUUAAAAUUUCCUCUUCUUUCAUUCCCUGUAAUUGAAGUUCAACAACUGCUAAAAAAAGGUAGAAUCAACAAAAAUGCAAACUGCUCUUGUCAUCCCAAAUGUGGGGUCGAAUUUUGCAUCUCCCUGUGUUCCUAGACGAGUAGUUGCAAGUCCUCAAUGUCUUCGCCCUUUAAAAUGUGUUGCUGCAGUCACAAGCCCAACAGCCGAACCACCUGCAGCAGUGACAUCAGAAUCCACAGGCAAGCUCAACAAGUACAGCUCUCACAUUACUCAACCCAAGGCCCAAGGUGCCGCACAAGCUAUUCUUUAUGGAGUUGGACUCUCAGAAGAAGAUAUGAGCAAACCUCAAGUUGGUAUUUCAUCAGUUUGGUAUGAAGGCAACACUUGUAAUAUGCACCUGUUAAAGUUAGCAGAAGCAGUGAAAGAAGGAGUUGAAGAGACCGGGAUGAUCGGUUUUAGGUUUAACACUAUUGGUGUUAGUGAUGCUAUCUCUAUGGGUACAAGAGGCAUGUGUUACAGUUUGCAAUCACGAGAUCUCAUAGCUGAUAGUAUUGAGACUGUUAUGUCUGCUCAAUGGUAUGAUGGAAAUAUCUCUAUUCCUGGAUGUGACAAAAAUAUGCCAGGUACAAUCAUGGCUAUGGGACGCCUUAAUAGACCAGGCAUCAUGGUCUAUGGUGGUACAAUAAAGCCUGGUCAUUUUCAAGGCCAGACCUUAGACAUCGUUAGUGCGUUUCAGGUUUAUGGGGAAUAUGUUACUGGAGCUAUCAAUGAUGAGCAGAGAAUGGAUGUCCUCCGUAACUCCUGUCCUGGAGCGGGAGCUUGCGGUGGAAUGUAUACUGCAAAUACAAUGGCAUCAGCUAUCGAGGCUAUGGGAAUGUCUAUUCCUUACAGCUCAUCAACACCAGCAGAAGACCCUUUGAAGCUAGAUGAAUGUCGUCUUGCUGGAAGAUAUCUCCUUGAUCUGCUUAAAAUGGACUUAAAACCACGAGACAUAAUUACGGAGAAAUCUCUGCGCAAUGCAAUGGUUGUGGUGAUGGCUCUUGGUGGGUCCACCAACGCUGUAUUGCAUCUUAUUGCUAUUGCAAGGUCCGUUGGUGUGAACUUAACUCUCGAUGACUUUCAGAAGGUGAGUGAUCAGGUUCCAUUCCUUGCAGAUCUUAAGCCAAGUGGCAAAUACGUCAUGGAAGAUGUGCAUAAGAUUGGUGGCACACCUGCAGUGAUUCGCUAUCUUCUUGAGCUUGGAUUCUUAGAUGGGGACUGCAUCACUGUUACUGGAAAAACACUGGCUGAAAAUGCCAAACUCUUCCCACCCUUGGCUGAAGGCCAGAAAAUUAUUCGAUCAUUAUCAAACCCCAUAAAAGAAACAGGGCAUAUUCAGAUAUUGUAUGGGAAUCUUGCUCCAGAAGGCUCUGUAGCAAAAAUAACGGGAAAAGAGGGAUUAUACUUUUCUGGUCCAGCCUUUGUUUUUGAAGGAGAAGAAGCUAUGAUUACUGCAAUUUCAGAAGAUCCCCAGAGUUUUAAGGGAAAAGUAGUAGUGAUUAGAGGAGAAGGGCCCAAAGGUGGACCUGGCAUGCCUGAAAUGCUGACACCAACUAGUGCUAUCAUGGGAGCAGGACUUGGGAAGGAUGUAGCUCUACUAACUGAUGGAAGGUUUUCAGGAGGUUCACAUGGAUUUGUUAUUGGUCAUGUUUGCCCUGAAGCUCAAGAUGGUGGACCUAUAGGUCUAGUGCAGAAUGGAGACAUCAUCACAAUUGACAUCGAGAAAAAGAGAAUGGAUCUUCAAUUGACAGCCGAGGAGAUGGAGGAACGAAAGAGAAAGUGGACCGCACCAGCAUAUAAGACUAACAGAGGAGUACUGUACAAGUACAUCAAAAAUGUGCAGUCGGCUUCCAAGGGUUGUGUCACUGAUGAGUAGCCAUGCGAACUGCCUUAAUAAUCGGAAUAGAAAACAGUGCACCUUUUUUAUGAUUCUGGUCGUUUUCUAUAUUCAACUUCUGCUGUGGCUCGGGAUAAAGAAAUCCCGAAGAUGUGUAGGUUUGAGCUUUUUGUUUAUCGAUUAUAGUUUUAGUGCUUGUAACUUGAUCUGUUGUAUGUUUAUGAGAUUAAGUACUCUUGUAACGGACGGGAGUGAAAUUCAUUGAAGUUUUUCUUCUUUGUCUCAA